UAUGUCUGUUCAGUGCUCUCACAAAUGGCCACAGCUACUACCUUAUCAUCACUAUCGGUAAAUUUCAUCAAUGCCUCACACAGAUGUGUCUCUACAGCUCCUUUCUCCUCCUCUAGCUCUAUCUUCCUCCGCCGCAGGAUCCGCCGCCUGAAUCGCUCAUUUGCUUCGUACCGUAGCUCUCAGUCGCGUAGGCGAUACGAUUCAAACGAUCGAUUCUUCGGCGGUUACGAGUACGAUGUGGUUCACGAUGAGGAUAGUUUUAGCGACGAUGAUGAUGAUGAUGAAGAAGACGAGAGAGAGAGCAGUGUUGAUCUUUUGAUCAGGUUCUUGAGAAGCAUGUUCAAGAAGGUUUCGAAGCGAGCUAAGAAAGCAUCGCGACGGAUUUUGCCAGCAGCCAUGUCUCCUCGACUCGUGUCUUUUGCAGUAGAUGGGAUAUUGCUAUUGGGUUUACUAUCCAUAACAAGAGCAUUUCUUGAGGUGAUAUGCAAUCUAGGAGGAACCGUGUUUACGGUGAUUCUGCUGAUCAGAUUGUUCUGGGCGGCAGCUUCCUUCUUACAGACUUAUGGGAGCUCUUUUGGACCAAACCCAUUAACUUAAAACAUCUAGUUGUAGACACAUUUGAGGUGUGAGGUGCUGUAAACUGUUCAUGUCUUGUAGCGUCGAUUUGUAAAGGAAAAUGUAAGAUAAUUGUGUACAUAUAUAUAUCGAUGGGGAGGUUUCUAGUAAAGUUUGAAGGCGAUCCGCUGCUUCCUUUGCUC